GGGGGCGGGGCCGGGCGGCGAUGGCGUCGCUGUUCGGCGGAGUGGAGGGGGGGGGCACCCACUCCAAGGUGGUGCUGGUGUCCGGAGAUGGGAAAAUCCUGGCCGAGACCGAGGGACCCUGCACCAACCACUGGCUGAUCGGCCCCGAGCUGUGCCUGCAGAGGAUCGAGCGCAUGGUCAGCGAGGCCAAGAGCAAAGCGGGCGCCGACCCCCAGGUGCCCCUGCGCUCCCUGGGUCUGUCCCUCAGCGGGGGUGACCAUCCCGCCGCCGUGGCCGCGCUGUGCCGGGAGCUGCAGGAUCGUUUCCCGGCGCUGAGCCAGAGCUGCAGCGCCAGCAGCGACGCGCUGGGGGCCAUGGCCACGGCCUCCGACCACGGGGGCAUCGUGCUGAUCGCGGGCACCGGCUCCAACUGCAAACUCAUCAACCCCGACGGCUCCGAGAGCGGCUGCGGGGGAUGGGGCCACAUGAUGGGGGACGAGGGCUCUGCGUUCUGGAUCGCUCACCGCGCUGUCAAGGCCGUGUUUGACUCCCUGGACAACCUGCAGCCGGCGCCCCACGACGUGGGGUUUGUCCAGCAGGCCAUGUACGACUAUUUCCAGAUCUCGGACAGGAUGGGGCUCCUGACCCACCUGUACCGCACCUUCGAGAAGGCCAAGUUCGCGGGGUUCUGCCGGAAACUGGCCGAGGGUGCCCAGCUCGGUGACCCCCUGUGCUGCCACGUCUUUACCGAAGCCGGCGAGUUCCUGGCUCGCCACGUGGUCGCCGUGCUGCCCAAAAUCCACCAGAGCCUGUUCCUGGGCGAGCUGGGGCUGCCCAUCGUCUGCGUGGGCUCGGUGUGGAACAGCUGGGAGCGCCUGCAGCCGGGGUUCGUGCGGGUGCUGGAGCGGGCGCGGGCCGCGGCUCCGGGCGGCGCUUUCUCGCGGUUCAGCCUGCUGAAGCUGAAGCGCUCCUCGGCGCUGGGCGGGGCGCGCCUGGCCGCGCGUGGCGUGGGAGCCGCGCUGCCGCUGGAUCCACACGGGAACGUGGACGUGUUCUACACCCACGAGUUCUGAGCCGGGAAACGCCGCGGGAGACACCCAGAAACGGGGAGAGACCAAAGAACCGCGGGGAGCGCCCGCGACAGGGGGUUUGUGGUUCGGCAAUAAAACGGUUGCACUGCCCCAAGGGGAGUGGGAAUGGGGCGGGAACGGGAAUGGGAGAUUGGGAUGGGGGCGGGAAUGGGGCAGGAUGGGAAUGGGAAUGGAAAUGGGAGAGUGGGAAUGGGGUGGGAAUGGGGCAGGAUGGGAGUGGGAGAGUGGGAAUGGGGAUGGGGCUGGACGGGACCAGGAGUGAGGGGAUGGGGCAGGAUGGGAAUGUGUAUGAGUUCUACACACACGAGUUCUGAGCCAAAAAAAAAACUGGGGGGAGAGACCCAAAAACGGGGGAGAGAGCUCCAAAAACUGGGGGAGCGCCCACGAGAGGGGGUUUGUGAUUCAGCAAUAAAACGGUUGCACUGCCCCAAGGGAGUGGGAAUGGGAAUGGGAAUGGGAAUGGGAAUGGGAAUGGGAAUGGGAGCGUGGGAAUGGGGCAGAUGGAGAUGGGAAUGUGGGGUUGGGGCAGGAUGGGAAUGGAAAUGGAAAUGGAAAUGGAAAUGGGGUGAGAUGGGAAUGGGAAUGAGGGGAAGGGGCAGGUGGGACAGGAAGGAAAUGGGAUCAUGGGAAUGGGGCAGGAUGGGACCAGGAGUGUGGGGCUGGGAUGGGGGUGGGAGAGAUGGGUGGGAUGGGAAUGGGAAUGGGAAUUGGGUUGGGAAUAGUGGUGGGAUUGGGAAUGGUAUAGGGAAUGGGGAUGGGAAUUGGGUUGAGAAUGGGAUUGGGAUGGGGAUUGGGAUCAGGAUUAUUAUUAUGAUUAAAAUUGGGAUUGGUAUUUGGAUUAGGGUCAAAAUCAGUAUUAGGAUUAUGAAUAUUAGGAAUAGGACUGUGAUUGGGAUUUAGAUUGGGAUUAGGGAUGGGAUUGGGAACAGGACUGGGAAUGGAGUGCUGAGCCUGGCAGCACAGGCAAGGAGGGCUCUGCAUCCAAGGAAAAGCAGGAAGAGGAGGAAGGAGGAAAUCCCAAAGAUUGGAUCAGGGAUGUGACAUCCAUGACCUGGGAAUGCACAUGGAGCUGCUGGAGCAGCUUUUGGGGCAAUUUCCACAUUAAAAAGGAAAAAAAAAAAAAAAAAAAAAAAAAAAAAAAAAAAAAAAAAAAAAAAAAAAAAGAAGGAAAAGAAAUCCCAGUUUUUUUUCCCGGGAAUCCAAGGAGCCAGAAAGGAUGAAAAAUCCAGAAGUGAAAUUCCUAAGGCUCCAACUGGGAAUGACUGGGAUCACUGGGAGGGCUCACAGAUACCCCUCAGUUUUCCAAGGAAAAUUCCAGCCCUUCUCCCUUCCAAAAAAACUUUAUUUGGGAUAAUGCCUCGUCUGAAAUUUACAGCAUGAGGGAGGAAAAAAGGAGGAAACUGGGGAGAAAUCCAAGGAAAACUGGGAAAAGGAGGAGGGGAGGGUGUGGGAUCAUACCGGGGGUGGAUCCCAUCCUGGCCAGCCCCAAAUGGGAUUUUUAGGGAGGCAUUCCUGUAGGGAAAUGGUUCCAGAGGGGCUGGGAAAACUGGGAGCCAGGAAUUCCAUGAGCUCAGCCCUGUUCAUGGUCCAGUGGCCCCUGAUCCUGCUGAUCCAGGAAUUUAGGGAAUGGGAAUUUGCAGGGAUGAGCUCAUCCAGCAGGAAUGGGGCUGAUUGCUGCUGCUUUCCCAGGAUUCUCACUUUCCCUGGAAAAGGGUUCCCUGGUUUGGGAUUUCCAAUUCCAGAAAAUUCCUGAUUUCCUUGGAUAAGAAUUCCUAAUCCCAAAAAGUUCCUGAUUUCUCUGGAGAAGAGGGAUUUCUGACCUGGAGAAAUCCCUUUUUUUCUCAUGGAUUCCUAAUCCUGGGAAGUUCCUGAUUUCCUUGGACUGAGAUUUCUGAGCUUGGGAAGCUCCCACUUUUCCUGGAUAGGGAUUCCCAAUCCCAAGGAGCUCCUAUUUUUCCUCUCUAGGGAUUUCCAAUCCCAAAAAAUUCCUGCUCUCCUUGGACAAGGAUUCCCAAUCCCAAGGAGCUCCCACUUUCCCUGGGCAGGGAUUUCUGACCU